CGUUAAUUAAGAGCCCUUGAUUUUUACGUUGAGAAAUCUUAACGUAAUUUACUUUUAACCUGCGGCUGGGGGCAUCGGAGAGAAACGCCUCCGUCUCUAUAUAAGGCAUUUCCGGCCUCGUUGCGGGCCUUUUUUCCUGUUAGCGCUCGGCAGUGACCGUCUGCGCUCCUCUUUUCCUCCGCUGCCUCCCAGUUCCCUGUCAGCCGUCGCCAUGGGUUUUGGAGACCUGAAAAGCCCCGCCGGCCUCCAGGUGCUCAACGACUACUUGGCGGACAAGAGCUACAUCGAAGGGUAUGUUCCAUCACAAGCAGAUGUGGCAGUAUUUGAAGCAGUCUCCGGCCCACCACCUGCCGACUUGUGUCAUGCCCUACGUUGGUAUAAUCACAUCAAAUCUUACGAAAAGGAAAAGGCCAGCCUGCCAGGAGUGAAGAAAGCUUUGGGCAAGUAUGGCCCUGCUAAUGUGGAAGACACCACAGAAAGUGGAGCUACAGAUAGUAAAGAUGAUGAUGACAUUGACCUCUUUGGAUCUGAUGAUGAGGAGGAAAGUGAAGAAGCCAAGAGGCUAAGAGAAGAACGCCUUGCACAGUAUGAGUCAAAGAAAGCCAAAAAACCAGCACUUGUUGCCAAGUCUUCCAUCUUAUUAGAUGUGAAACCUUGGGAUGAUGAGACAGAUAUGGCAAAACUAGAGGAGUGCGUCAGAAGCAUUCAAGCAGACGGCUUAGUCUGGGGCUCUUCUAAACUAGUUCCGGUGGGGUAUGGAAUUAAAAAACUUCAAAUACAGUGUGUAGUUGAAGACGAUAAAGUUGGAACGGAUAUGCUGGAGGAGCAGAUCACUGCUUUUGACGAGUAUGUGCAGUCUAUGGACGUGGCUGCGUUCAACAAGAUCUAAAAUCCAUCGUGGAUCAGUGCUCUUAAAUAAAAGCUUGAAAGACA